AUCGUGAAUAUAAAAACGCCAGGUUUCUUUGUUGAGCACAAAAUUUACCAGACGCCCAUGGCCACCGAAGCUCCCGGCUAUACGACCCGAUUUAUCGUCUCCCUUUCAACUCGACAACCCGAUUGCCCUGCUCCGUUUCGGAAGCUGCUAUAUUCCCUCGAAACGGACCAGUGAAGAUUGCAAGUGUUGUAGCAAUGAGUGAUGCAAUUGAUUUGAGCGGGGAUGGAGGGGUCCUCAAGAAAAUUGUAAGGCAUGCAAAACCAGAUGCAAUUGCUCCGACCCAAGACCUUCCCCUCGUUGAUGUUCAUUAUGAAGGCAUUCUUGAGGAAACCAACGAAGUUUUUGAUACAACACAUGAAGAUAACACGGUUUUCUCAUUUGAGCUGGGGAAGGGCAGUGUAAUCAAGGCUUGGGAUAUUGCAGUGAAAACCAUGAAGGUUGGGGAGAUUGCUAAAAUCACUUGCAAGCCAGAAUAUGCCUAUGGAAGUGCGGGUUCUCCACCAGAUAUUCCACCCGAGGCAACCCUUAUAUUUGAGGUGGAGUUGGUGGCUUGCAAUCCACGGAAGGGAUUAAGUUUGGGUAGUGCCUCAGAAGAAAGGGCCAGGCUAGAAGAACUGAAGAAGCAGAGGGAGAUGGCUGCUGCAAACAAAGAGGAAGAGAAGAAGAAGAGAGAAGAGGCGAAAGCUGCUGCUGCUGCUCGUAUUCAAGCUAAGUUAGAUUCCAAGAAGGGUGGAAAGGGAAAAGGCAAAGGAAAAUAGGCGCUUAAACACAUCUUUGCAUGAACGUGAUCCUUCAUAUACAAUAAAUAAAAUUUUAUUCAUGAGUUAGACCGAACCGUGACCUUUGUUCGACUUCACAGUAUGACUUUGAAUGACCUAUUAUUGUAUCUACUAUAAGCUUAUGUCAAGCAUAUUCGACGUACUAAUGGGUUAUUGUACUUCCCUUUUUUAAUAUGGAAAUAUCUGAGAUAUUGUAUUUCAAA